GUUGGGGGAGGAAGAGUCGCUCGCUUGUUGCUAGACCUAUCUCCGUAGUUGAGACGUGACUGCAUCCGCUCGUUCCUUAAAGCUCGUGUGUGUGUUUUUUUAAUGGAAAAACUCACGGUUACUCUCCCGUAGUCUCGCCGCUUAGGAAAAACCCCUCCCGUCAUUCCAUCCAUCUUUACCGCCCACUUUAAAGAAAGCUUCGUUCAUUAACCAUGGGUAGCGACAACGACCUGGCCUGGGACUACAACUUGACCGACGCUGACGUAGUGAACGGCACCGAAGACGACAUAGAGCCUCUAUCUCUCAACAACUCGACUUUUUUAGAUGUUUCUCUUGUUCUCUUCGGCGAGCACCUCUUAUGUAUCCCGGGAACACUGCUGUCGUGUGAGAAGUGGUCUCUGCCGCAGCAUCUUCUCUUCCAGCUGGCCAAUGGCCUCUUCUUCGUCAGUUACCUGGCACCUUCACAGAUGAAGGGCCUGCUGUUCAUGCAUUCGAUCCUCAUACUUGGAUUCCUCCUGUACUCAACGUGGGCCUGGAACAUCAUCUGCGCGCCAGACGUCUUCUCCUGGAACUUCACCUUCAUGCUUCUCAAUAUGGGCCAGACGCUGUACAUCAUCUAUCAGAUGAGACCCGUGAAAGUCAACAAGGAACUGGAAGCCAUGUACGAAGCUCUCUUCCAGCCUCUCAAUGUCCCCAGGCUUCUGUUCAAGAGGCUGGUGUCCCUGGAGUAUGCCCAGGUGAUGUCCUUACACGCAGGCGAGGCCUACGCUAUGCAGAACCUCACCAGGACGGAUCGCCUGGGGCUGCUCCUGUCGGGGAAGGUGAACGUGAUGGCAGACAACCAGUUUCUCCACUCCAUCACCAGUAUGCAGUUCCUGGACUCGCCCGAGUUCGAAUCUUCUAGAGCAUCACUCGACGAUAAGUUUAAAGUGUCCAUCAUUGCUGCCACACCCUGCCGCUAUGUCUUCUGGCAACGCAGUGGCCUGGAAUACCUGUUCGUGAAGGAGUCGUAUCUGGCAACAGUGGUCUCCACCAUCAUUGCCAGAGACAUCACCACGAAGCUCUACAACAUGAACCAAAAGAUCGUGACAGAGAAAGGCUCCCACUUGGACAUCCGCCUUCCCUCACUGACGUCAUCGCUUUCGUCAUCUGUGGGCGGAGAUGGAUCGCUGAAAUCUCCCGCCAGGUGCUCUGUUCGGUCUGGGGGUGGAAUUGGAGGAGUAGGCCUAGGGGGGCUCCAUGGCGGCAGCGGGAGCAGUGCGGGUGGUGUAGGGUGCACCGGAGGCUUGGCCUCCUCCCUGGCUGGCGUGGCGGGACUCGGUAUGGGAGCCAAACAUUCCCGGCUUGGGUAUACUAUCUUGCCCACUUCUGCUCCUGGCUAUGAAGGACGCGAGCGGCUUGACCUUAGCUACCGCGAGUGCCGGGGCGCCUACAGGGACCAGCUGGGACAGAGAGAGAACGGCUACGUUCCCAACGGACGGCCCGAAAUGACUCCGCUGACCGAACUACCUUCUAGCGAUUCUCUGACGGACACCAGUCACGACAUUCAGACGUGGCUGGAAGAUUCGUCGAGAUACACCAGUUAAUAAAGCCAGAGUUAAAUAAAUAAAUAAAAAA